UUUCAUCACUAUAUACAUCUUUAACGUCUCUCUCUAAUUAUUCCAAAUCUCACAUUCAAAAUUCAUACACGCUCUUCUUCUUCUUUCUUCCAAAAAAAUGUCAGAAAACAAAUUCUUAAACACCCUUUCAGCCUCGUCGAUCCGUAAUUUCCUUCCAAGAUCAGUUUCAACUAAGAAAAAAUUGAAUUCAAGUCGAUUUAAGAAUAAAAUGAAUACUGAAAAUGUUGCUCCUAUGGAUCCUAACAUUCAAAUCAGUGAUCCCCCACUGUUACCUACAAGUUCCAUACUCAAAAAACCCGUUUCGAAGACGAUUGAUACUGAUAAAUUAGAAGAACUGAACAGAUCUUUGGCCCCACAAGAACAACUACUAGAAGUUCAUGAUCCACCAGUCAAGGUUGUUGCAAGGAUUAGACCUGCUAAUCGUAUUGAGAAUGGAACCCAAGCUGUUCGCAAAGUUUCUGAUAAUUCAGUGUGUGUUGUUGAUAGAAAGUUUAACUUUGACAUGGUUUUUGGUUCAAAUUCAAAUCAGGAAGAUAUAUUUCAAUCAGUUGGUGCCCCUUUAGUUAAGGAUGCAUUGGCAGGUUACAAUACUUCUCUCUUAGCUUAUGGACAGACUGGAAGCGGUAAGACUUAUACCAUGUGGGGACCUCCUAGUUCCAUUGUUGAGGCUCCAUCACCUAAUGGACUUCAAGGCAUUGUCCCGCGCAUUUUUCAGACAUUGUUUUCUAGUAUUCAAAGAGAGCAAGAGAACUCUGAAGGUAAACAGAUAAAUUACCAGUGUCGUUGCUCAUUCCUAGAGAUAUAUGAUGAACAUAUUGGGGAUCUACUCGAUCCUACACAGCGAAAUUUAAAGAUAAUGGAUGAUCCAAGAGUUGGAUUCUAUGUUGAGAACAUAACUGAAGAAUAUGUGUCUACCUAUGAGGAUGUCACCCAGAUGUUGAUUAAGGGCCUUUCAAGUAGAAAAGUUGGAUCAACGAGCAUAAAUUCGAAGAGUUCUAGGUCCCAUAUUGUUUUUACCUGCGUCAUUGAGUCCUGGUGCAAGGAGUCCUCAUCGAAGUGUUUUGGUAGUUCAAAGAUGAGCAGAAUGAGCCUUGUUGAUCUUGCUGGAUUUGAAAGAACUGUACCUGAUGAUGUUGGUAAACAGUACCUUAAGGAAGGGAAGUACGUAAAGAAGUCCACAUCACUGCUCGGGCAUUUGGUAAAUGUCCUCUCUGAAAGGAGCCAGUCCAGGAAACUUGAGGAUGUUUCGUAUAGCAGUUCCGCUUUGACUCAUUUAAUGAGAGAAUCACUUGGAGGGAAUGCUAAACUCUCCGUCAUAUGUGCCAUCAGCCCAGAAAACAAACAUAAUAGUGAAACUAUAAGCACUCUGAGAUUUGGGAAUCGGGUGAAACUCAUACCAAAUGAGCCAUUGGUAAAUGAAAUAUCAGAAGAUGAUGUUAAUGGCCUGAGUGAUCAGAUUCGCCAACUGAAGGAAGAGCUUAUAAGAGCUCGGUCAAGUGCAAGCAUUUCAGUCGGAAGCAACUAUGGAUCCUUCAGAGGAGCAAAUGUACGUGAAAGCUUGAAUCAGUUGAGAGUGAGCCUUAACCGUUCUCUGAUCUUACCUAGCAUAGAUAACGAGCGUGAAGAAGAAGAGGUUCACAUAAAUGAGAAUGAUAUAAAAGAACUACAGCUCCAGAUUGAUAACUUACGUGGUUCACAUGGAAAUAACUCAAAAGCAACCUUUGAGAAGAAAAACUCUCUCAAAUAUUCUUCUGGAGAAAGUGAACACUAUCUCAGCUGUUCAGAAGAAAGUGAAGGUGAAGAAAUUAACUCAGAAGAGAUACUGGAGGAGACCCUUGAUGAUGCUGAUCAAGAGAUGAAAACAAUGCAGCCUGAAUACUGUAGUAGUAUCUCAAUCAGCCCAUCCCGUCAUUCUGCUGAUCUUCAGGGGCCGCUGUUGUCAGAGUCCCCAAAGUUUCGGAGCAACCAGAGGAAGAGCUUAAUUAUCUCCAGUGAAGAUAAUAUUCAAUGUUCCUCCAAAAGUUCUGAAUUGUCUUCCCUACCACAGAAACAAGGUGACCUUAUCCAGUCUUCUUUGAGGUCCAGCAGAAUAUUUCCUGGGCCAACUGAGUCCUUGGCUGCCAGUCUACAUAGAGGUCUAGAGAUCAUUGACUAUCACCAGAGGAAUUCCGCAUCAAAUAAAUCUUUAGUUUCCUUCUCUUUUGAACAUUUGGCAGUCAAACCAAGUCCAAUGUCAAAUGAUAAGGCCAAUGCUUCUAUUCAGACAUCAUCCGAAGGGGAACAAACUUCUCCUUUUGUAGCCACUUCAUUCCUGUGUCCAAAGUGCAAGACGAAAGGAACUUCCUCUAGUAUUGGGACAUGGAUGGUCCCCAUGGAAGAGGCAAGUUCAGAUCAAGUGCCUAAAGAUUCGGAGAAAGUUUUGUUCCAAGCUCUAGAGAGAGAGAAGCAGCUUGAAAGUGUAUGCAAGGAUCAAGCGGACAAAAUUGAGCAGCUAAACAAAAGACUAGCCCAGUGUAAAUGCUCAAUAGAACAAAGUUCUCUGAUUGAAUGCGGCAAGGAUGCUGUUGAUCUCAAGGACAAUGAGAAGCAAGCUUCAAUAAUCUAUCAGAAUGGAAGUCAAUCACCAAAGAACCCAAAGCUCCUGAAAUGGGAUGAUGAUGAAAAUCCUGAGUCUGAAGCUGUAACAGAGAAGUAUGAAAUUAAAGAAAUUCAGGGCGAUGUGGACAACUGUGGUGGCAAAAAAUUGUUUGAUAUGGCUGAGAGAGAAGCAAUGCUCAAAGAACUUGGAGGUCUAAGCACUACAAAUAAAUCAAUUGAAAGAACCAGAUCCUCUUUGUUGGCACAAUCAAUGCAGCUUAGAAAAUCAAUUGCAUGUGCUAAAGGUUCUGGUGAAGAACUUGAGAAGGAAAGAGAAAAAUGGACUGAAAUGGAGAGCGAGUGGAUUUGUCUAACUGAUGAACUGAGAAUUGAUCUUGAGGCUCAUCGCCAGCGUGCAGAAAAGGUGGCAGCAGAAUUAAUGUUGGAGAAGAAGUGCACAGACGAGUUGGAUGAUGCCCUCAAAAGAUCCGUCCUUGGGCAAGCCAGAAUGAUUGAGCAUUACGCGGAAUUACAGGACAAGUACAACGACUUAGCUGAGAAGCAUAAGUUGAUAUUGCAAGGGAUCCAAGAUGUGAAAAUGGCUGCAGCAAAAGCAGGAAAAAAAGGUCAUGGUGCUCGCUUCGCCAAGUCUCUCGCUGCAGAGCUCUCCGCUUUGAGAGUGGAAAGGGAGAGAGAGAGGGAAAUGCUGAAAAAGGAGAAUAGAAGCCUUAGAGUUCAACUUAAAGACACUGCUGAAGCUGUUCAUGCAGCUGGAGAACUUCUUGUUAGGUUGAGAGAAGCAGAGGAAACAGCUUCAUUUGCUGAGGAGAACUUUACACAAGCAAAGGAAGAGAAUGAGAAAUUGAAGAAGCAAAUAGAGAAGCUGAAGAGAAAACACAAGAUGGAGAUGAUAACAAUGAAACAAUAUCUUGCUGAGAGCCGAUUGCCAGAAGCAGCGUUGAGACCGCCAGUGUACAGGCAGGACUCGGAUGUUGCAAACAAUGAGAACACCAUCCAACAUAAUGAGUAUGAUGAUCAAUCAUGGAGAGCAGAGUUUGGUGCCAUUUAUCAGGAACAUAUAUGACUUGUUUGAUUGAACUUUGUAAACUUAGGCAAAAUACUGAAACAGGCAAAGACCCUGCUCGGGACUUUGGUGACAAAAAUUGCUAUCCUGAUCAUUUCCUUUUUGGUUGUAUUCUUAUUGAUCUCAUCAUUCUUUUGAAGAUUUUUUUUUCAUCAUUCUUUUGAAGACUUGAUUGACUAGAUUUGACAUUUGUUGUGAGCUGUUUCUUCAGCUUGGUUAGUAACAAUGCUUGGUGUUUCAUUUUUACUCAAA